GCAUUAAAAAGAACUAAAAAAAAAAAAGACAGAAUCUAAACAGACAAAACCCAUUACGCAAAGCAAACUAAAACUAAGCUAAGCCUAACCGAAAGCCCCCAACCUUCUCAUCUUCUCCCUCUUUCUCUCUCUUUAUACUUAGCUGUAGAGAGAUAAACCGUAACAUCAGAAUUUGUGUUUGCAGUAAAUAACUCUGGUUCUCAGUUGACUAUUUUAUUAUCUAGAAAGAAUCUAAGAUCGGAGGGCCCUUUUGUCUGAAUUAGAGUUCCAAUAAGGAAAAACAUGGUUGGUAUUUUUUCCAGAUUUUCUGUUGGAAAGACUGGCCAUCGACGUUCCCAGAGUGCUCUUGAAGAAAGGGAAGUUUUGCCCCCAAAUUCCGAUGUUGCAGGUACAGCUGCUGCUGCUACUGCUACCGCUCAUGGAAUUGAAGUAGCAGUUGAGUUUAAGCCAGUCGAACAUCCAAUUGAGCCUUUGGACAAUGACCGACCAAUUCAAUGCCCCCUACCUGAACCUUCAAUUCUAAAUGAUGGAAGAAUCUGGAAGGAACGAGUAUCAGCCAACGCAAGAAGGAGAGCUGACUUGCCCGUUAUGAAGGAUGGAGGCACCCUUGAAUCCGAAGCUACUGGAAUGAAAACCCGACCAACCCACUCUAAUCGCAUGAUUUUACCAUCUAUAAGUGCCCCAGAACAUGAUUUAUUAAAUCUCCUCAAAGAAUGUAAUGCAUCUGGGAUCUGAAGCCUGGUAUUAAAUCUUGGUUAGAGUUCAACUUGGAAUAAUUUGCAUACAUAAGUUCAAAGUGUAUUUUAUUUUUUUGCCACCUGUUUGGUUGAAAAUAUAGAUCAUGGAAUGGAAAUGUUAACCUCUCACGUAUAUAUAUCUAAUAAA